AUGGCCAUGUCGGGACUUGAACCUAAUGCGGCGAUCAUAAGAACAAAAUCGUUGCCUCGCAUUGAACUGACAUCGCCCAUAUUAGUUGCAUCCGACCAGGAUUCACAGGGGUCUUACAAAAGUUGCAAUGUUCACGAGCAAGAAAUCCAGAGGAAGCCUACUGUGAGACGUACGACGGUAAAAGCUCUGAUCGACAAGCACAGGUCGUUUCAAGACAAAUUACUAAAUGCUAAAGUUAACGACUUCAACACUAAGAAGAAAUCGUUUGUCAAUGCUUGCCAAAACUUGUGUGCUUCGUACAACGAUUGUAUACAAAUGGACGGUGACUCGAAACAGGUGGAAAACGUCGAAAAUUUCGUGAAAAAUCAUGUGUAUGAAGUUCUGAAUGCCGACUUUUUAGUAAAUUAUCAGUUACAACUGGAAAUAGAAAAACAUGUGUUAAGAUCCGAAAGCAUUGAUUUCAAAACUGGAACUCUCGAAUUAGAUACGAUUCUUACCACUAUGGGAAAAAGUUUUUGGCAAAAUAUUGUUUCCGUGGUCAGCAUCAACAAUGCUUACUACCAAUGUUUGUUACAAAUUAUGGAUAAUCGUAAAUUUCAAAACCUCGAGGACGUAGUGGCCCAUGUCAAUUCGGUGUUAAAAAUAGAUGGCGAUGAUCAAGAACUAAUCGGAUCAGAACUCCUUGCCACUUCCAAGAAGUAUAUGGAAAAAAUCGGCAUAGUAUUAAAUGAGAAAUUAAAGAAACCUCAGUCAUCAAACCUGCACAGUAGCAAGAUAAGUGCUCUCAGUAUGGAUGUGGCCCAAAGUAAGAGGCGCAUGAAGAUAGCUGAAAAUAGUAUCGCUCAACUCCAGAAGGAGAAGAAAGAUUUGUUGAACAUUUUAGCCAGCUAUGAUUCUGAAAACAUUCACAAAAUAUCGUUGGAGAAACGGCUCGAAGCUGAACAACAGAAAAACAAUGAAUUACGGGAUUUAAUUAGUACUAUUUUCAAAAAGAAAAUGCCUAGCCAAUAA